GGAGUUGGGGGGGGGGGGGUGAGGAUCUGGUGUAGAUUGCGGCGGGCGGGCUCAGUUGCUUAGAGGCAGUAGGGGGAAGAUGGCGGCUGCUGGACCACAGCGGUUGUGGAGUGCGGAGCAGCUGCGCAGCGAGGCGCUCCCCAAGAAGGACAUCAUCAAGUUUCUUCAGGACAACGGCUCGGAUUCGUUUCUUGCAGAACAUAAAUUACUAGGAAACAUAAAAAAUGUAGCCAAGACAGCAAACAAGGAUCAUUUAGUUACAGCCUACAACCACCUUUUUGAAAGUAAGCGUUUCAAAGGUACUGAGAGUGUUGCCAAAGUGACAGAGCAAGUAAAAAGUGUAAAACUUGAUGAAGAGAAAUCCAAAGAAGUCAAACCUGAAGAGACUUUGGAGGAGGGUCCACCAAAGUACACAAAAUCUAUUCUUAAGAAGGGAGAUAAAACUAACUUUCCCAAAAAAGGAGAUAUUGUUCAUUGCUGGUACACUGGAACAUUACAGGAUGGAACUGUUUUUGACACUAAUAUUCAAACUAGUGCAAAGAAGAAAAAGAAUGCUAAGCCUCUAAGUUUUAAAGUUGGAGUGGGUAAAGUUAUCAGAGGAUGGGAUGAAGCACUCUUAACAAUGAGUAAAGGAGAAAAGGCUCGCCUGGAAAUUGAACCUGAAUGGGCUUAUGGCAAGAAAGGACAGCCUGAUGCAAAAAUUCCACCAAAUGCAAAACUCAUUUUUGAAGUGGAAUUAGUGGACAUUGAUUGAAGUGAUAAAUCAACCGAACCACAUAACUUCAGGAGCUACUUCUAGAAACCUGUGGCCUUGUUUAUACUUGAAGAACUGACCUUAUUCUUGGGGAUGGGGGAAGCAUUAUUCAUUUUGAGAAUAAACCCCUCAAACUGUAUAUUGUUGAGGCUAUAUAAAAGGCUGGUUGGGAUUCAGUUUUCUAUUAUUUAAUUGUGUUGUAAAUAAAAAAUCCUGAAUACAAAUAUAUUAACAUAAUCAUUGAACUCAUUGGACUCAUUGAAUUUUCUGGGGCUGCAUUUCCACUGUGCACUUAAAUAUUUUUUACAAAGUGCUUUCCUAAUUCAACAAUUAACCUAAUAAAGGUUAGAACCUUGAGUUAGAACAUAAAAUGGCAGGUAUGUUUAAACCUAAAUCUGCCUAUUUUUACUAAAGGAAUAAACCUUACUGGUGAUCCCCAUGUUAGGUAUUAUAGGUAACAAAAUCUUUUAGCAACUGUACCAGAUGAGGUUAUAUACCUCCCAACUUGUUGCUAAACUCUUGACUUCUUUCCAUAUCACACUGUAUUUGUGAUAUCACUAAUGGGCACAGUUUUUCUUGCUGGUUGUAAAUAAUAUACACAUUGAAAGAUUUUGAGUGCUCAGAAGUCAGUGGCUAAAGAGUUGAGGAUCUAGAUUUAAGUCCCCCUCUGAAUGUGACAAAGGCAAACCCUCUUUACAGGUUUACAUUGUAUACCUGUAUACAAUCAAGAUUAUGCAAGGAGCAGAGUUUUUUGGCAUUUAAAAGAAAAAUGAAUAAAUAUCAAAAGUCUCACCCACCUUGUAGCCUGCUUUAAUUGGCACAAGUUUAAAUUUCUAGAAUAUGGUUUUAAAAAAUUCAUAAGCAAUUGUUAUAGAAGUCCUUGUUUUAUUAUGAAAAUGAUCA